GAGAGAAGCAGAGGAGAGGAGGGAUCUUCACCUGUAGACUUUUUUUGUUUGCGCUUACCUGUCGUUCAGCAGCGUAAUACAUAAACAUGCGGUACUUAUAAAGCAGGCGCUCCGCGUUUGGAAAUUUGCAUCAGUGCGCAAUCGCUAGGAAUAACUUUAUUUUUGCAGGAUAUUUAUUAUUUUUUUUUUUUUUUUAGUGCUGGAUUGUGAGGGAAAUUGUCGUCCUGUGCCUCGAUCCGAAGGGAGAUUGCUGCAUGGAGGGAUGUCGGCAUGGCUUGCACCAGGAGAACCAAAACUUUGGUGUCCACAUGCGUGAUCCUGAGUGGCAUGACCAACAUUGUUUGCCUGCUCUAUGUCGGAUGGGUUACUAACUACAUCGCUAAUAUUUACAUCAAGGUGCCCAUGCCUUUAGCGGAGGGACAGUCGCAAGGGGACAAGAAAGGUGAUACUCUCCGGAUCAUGGAGCGACUGGAUCGUCUGGAAAACGUGGUGAACCAGCACAUCCAGGAGACACCCGGCAGAGCAGAAGACAGUCAACCGGACUCCUCAUUCUCUGACUCAUCCCUGUUUGCUCACUGGGGCCAGGAGCUGAGCCCAGACAACCGGAGGGUGGCUCUGAAGAUGUUUCAGUACUAUGGGUAUAACGCCUACCUCAGUGAUCAUCUGUCCUUAAGCAGGCCAAUUCCUGACCUCAGGCCUGAUGGGUGCAGAAAUAUCACUUAUGCUCUGAACCUCCCCCAAGUGAGCAUUGUGUUCAUAUUCGUCAAUGAGGCAUUGUCAGUCAUCCUGCGAUCCAUCCACUCUGCCAUCAACAGGACACCCUCCCACCUUCUGAAAGAGAUUAUCCUGGUGGACGACAACAGCAAUAAUGAUGAACUCAAGGAAAAACUGCAGGACUUUGUGUCGGAAACAAACAGCCAGCGUCCGGGAUUCAUCAAGAUAGUGCGGCAUGCCAAGCAGGAGGGGUUGAUCCGGUCCCGAGUGAGUGGAUGGAGGGCUGCCACUGCCCCAGUUGUUGCCCUGUUUGAUGCCCACGUUGAGUUUAAUGUUGGCUGGGCUGAACCAGUUCUGCUGAGAAUUAAAGAGGACAGAACACGCAUAAUCUCCCCAUCAUUUGACAACAUCAAGUAUGACACAUUUGAGAUUGAGGAAUACCCACUGUCCGCUCAGGGCUUUGACUGGGAACUAUGGUGCCGUUAUCUCAAUCCUCCCAAGUCCUGGUGGCACAGGGGCAACAGAAGUGCCCCGAUACAGAGCCCUGCUCUGAUUGGCUGCUUUGUGGUGGACAGACUUUACUUUGAGGAGAUUGGACUGCUGGAUGAAGGCAUGGAGGUGUAUGGGGGAGAAAAUGUGGAGCUGGGCAUCAGGGUGUGGCAGUGUGGUGGUAGUGUGGAGGUCCUGCCCUGCGCUCGUAUAGCCCACAUAGAACGUGCACACAAACCGUAUACUGAUGAUCUGACGUCUCAUGUUCGGCGAAAUGCUCUCAGAGUCGCAGAGGUUUGGAUGGAUGAGUUCAAAAGCCACGUCUAUAUGGCUUGGAAUGUCCCCAUUGAGGACCCAGGGAUUGAUAUUGGAAACAUCUCAGAGAGGAAAGCACUGAGGAAGAGGCUGCAGUGUAAAACAUUUCGCUGGUACCUGGUUAACAUCUACCCUGAGAUGAGGAUGUACAGCGACACCAUCGCAUAUGGAGUGUUAAAGAACUCCCUAAAGAAUGAUCUGUGUCUGGACCAGGGACCAGAUAAUGACAACGUCCCCAUCCUGUAUCUUUGUCAUGGGAUGACACCGCAGAAUGUCUACUACACCAGUAACCAACAAUUCCUUGUUGGGCUGCUCAGUCCCACCAUUGAUGAUGAUGACAACAAGUGCCUGGUAGAUGUCAAUGGCAGGCCACGCCUCAUUGAGUGUAGCUACGCCGCAGCCAAACGCAUGAAGGUCCACUGGCUCUUUACUCAGGGAGGAUCCAUUCAGAACAGAAAAUCAAAGAGAUGCCUGGAGCUUGUGGUGAGCAGCGACAAUGAGUUCGGCUACCAACUGGCUCUGCAGAAAUGCACUGGACAGAAAUGGUUCAUCACAAAUGUGUUGUUUAGCAACUUGCUAUGAUCGAGUGCCGGAUGAAAACACUGGAGUCUUUUUUAGAACAUGUCUGUGACCUGGCUGCAUAUCAGUGCUGUGUGAAGAAUGGGAGGCAGGAAAGCACUACAUGGUUGGAUAAGUUCAUUUUGAGCCUUGAUGUCCUCUGAUAAGUGGCCAUCAUUUCAUCCUGAAUGUUAAACAUUUUAUUUCACCAAACGGAUCAGCCAUAGGUUACAGAUAUUUUGCAUAUUUGACAAGAUAGUCUAUUUAGUAUAUUUAUGGUAAAUGUAUCUCUAGUCAGAUUUCUGUUGUUUAAACUUAUUUUAUUUUGUUUUGGUUAAAUUUGCUACUGUGUAGCAAGCUUUAUAAUUGUUUUUUUCUUUUUUUAGUGCCUCAGGUUUGUAGAUGUAAUAUUUCAUGAAGCUGUACAGGUGUGAGAAAAGAAAAAGAAAAAUGGUAACAUGAUAUUUUAUAUAUGUAAAAAUGAUUUCUUACAAGUAAUGAGCAAAAAACUGAUGGGAACUACUGAGUAUAAGUGCCUUUUAUAGUUGUUGCCCAAGGUACAUUCUGUGUGUCGUACCAUUGCUGAAAUUAAA